AUGCUGUCAAGAAAGAAGAGAAGAGGCAUUAUAGAGAAAAAGCGAAGAGACAGGAUAAAUAUGUCGCUUAGCGAGCUCAAGCGACUUGUGCCGAGUGCUUUCGAGAAGCAAGGAUCUGCUAAACUCGAAAAGGCCGAGAUUCUUCAAAUGACUGUGGACCAUCUCAAAAUGCUUCAUGCAAAAGGUUUGGACUCUUUGGCGUACGACCCUCACAAAUACGCGAUGGACUACCACGGAAUGGGGUUCAGAGAAUGCGUGGCUGAGGUCAUCCGAUACCUGGAGCGAAUAGAAGGUCUUGACGUCCAGAAUCCCCUCAGACUUCGCUUGACCUCACACCUACAGUGCUGUGCAGCUCAAAGGGAACUCGCCUCAAAACAGACCCCGCCUGCUCCUUGGAGCUAUAGCGCCUCCCAAACAUAUCCUCCUUUAAAUACCCUUCCACUUUCACCAGCUCCUAAUCAUCCUCCUCCGCUAGGAAACCUGAAUCCACCUCCGCCAGCGUUACAUCACCAAAAUAUGCACCACGAGCUGGGGCAUUUCGACAUAGCGACAUCCUGUCCCCCGCAGACUGCUACAACAGUGUCAGAGCCCUCUAGAUUGACCCCCUCAACUGCUGUUUUAACUCCUUUGACUACUGCGACGUCUACAUCUUUGGCUCAUAGUCAACAUCAGUAUCCCGUGAAUGCGUUCAGUAUACCCACGUCGCAUCACCACCAAAAUUACAAUCAGAGCAUCCCUACGUCACAAGGGAUGAAGCCGUAUAGACCUUGGGGUGCUGAGGUAGCAUACUGA